AUGACGGCACGCCAAUCAUCACCUACAUCAGACCACUCGCAUUCGGACGGCAACGUUCGCAAGAGGGUAUGUAAGGCAUGCGAUCGGUGUAGACUGAAGAAAUCCAAGUGUGACGGAUCCAACCCAUGUGGUCGGUGUAGGACAGACAAUGCCAUCUGUGUCUUUGGCGAGAGGAAGAAGGCUCACGAUAAAGUGUACCCCAAGGGAUAUGUUGAGAUGCUCGAGCAACAACAAACGUGGCUAGUCAAUGGGCUGCAAGAACUGUACCGUCGCGCGAUGGAGGGCGAAUGCUGGCCCGGAGAGCCGUUGAAAUGCGAAGCCAAUGGUCAUCCUCUGACGCACGAUCUGUUGACCCGACUUGGCGCCCUGGACCAAACCAAGGGCGAGCGCUUUGAGGAGAACACCGAGUCCAUGCAGCAAGAGCUGUGGAAGCACAACGCCAGACACAUGCAACGCCAGGAGUCCUCCGACGGUAGCUCAGAAAGCGCGCAGUCGCCCAUCAUGCCCUCCCGCUUCUCCGAUCCGUUUGGCCGGCAACUCUCGAGUACAUCUAGCUUUAGCACGCCCUCACAAGCGCAAGGGCCCACCAUCAAAUCCGAGCCUCAGAUGGCACCUUCCAACCCCGCCUUUGUUGCGCCCAUGACCAUGCAAGGGGUGGUGAACCCGCUCGCCCUACAGACCCCGCAACAAUGGCCCGGCAACAACUUUGGCACGUUUGAGGAUAUGGACCUAAUAGGCGCGUCCGAAUAUUCGAAUCUGUCCUUCGAUGAUCAGGUCCCGUCCCCCAUGUUUAAUCGCCAACUUCCGAUGAGUUGUAUGCUCUCGUCCUCCUAUAUGGACACCAAGAGCGACUACGAGGACAUCAAUCAGUUUUUAAAUGCAAACGCGCCAGAAAUCGCAUCGACCUGA